AUGGCUACUAAAACGCUUUUCGUUACCUGUGGGGCUACUGUACCAUUUCCUGAGUUAGUAGAACUGGUCUUGAGCCAGGAAUGCUUCGAAGGGCUGAAAAAUUACGGGUUCAUUCGAGUCAUUGUGCAGUUCGGUCGAGGUUACAAGGACGACUUUGAACGGAGGCUUAAUACAAUUCAUGGUAUCCCGCAGAGAUGUUCUCUUGGCGAUCGAGAGCUUGGUUGUUGUUCGGGCGAGUCGCUUAGCAUGUCUGUGCUCGGCGCACUUGAAAUUAUAGGGAUUGAAUACUCAACAAGAGUUCAUGAUAUCGUGCGAAUUGCAGAUCUAGUGAUUUCGCACGCUGGUACGGGGUCUAUACUUGAUUCGCUUAGAUUGGAAAAACCGUUGAUCGUGUGUGUGAACGAUCGACUUAUGGAUAAUCACCAGCAGCAAAUCGCAGACAAGUUUCAGCAAAAAAACUACGUUUGGGCGUGUAAGCCACAACCUUGUGAGUUUUACGACUGUUUGCGCAAGUCCCAAAGUGAACAGUUGAACAGCUUUCCACAAGCUCACAACGUCCAAUUCGAAAACCAGCUAAUAAAAUUGGCUUUCACGAGCUCAAACGUAAAUACCUUAUAA